GAAGCUGUGGAGAUCUUAAACGCUCUCCCCAAGCCAGCAGGCCGAAGAGAGGCCAUGUCCAGAGCUGCUAAGGCUGAUGCCAGGAAAGAUCAGGCGCUGCAGCUGAUGCUGGAGAGGAGGGAAGCCGAGCUAAGAGAGGCUAUGAAGCUCCGCCACAGCCUCACGACUCUACUGCACGCGCUCAGAAACGACAUGCAUCAGUCCCUACAGGAAAACAAGGAUAUAGAAGGAGAAGCAGAAGAAGGAGGAGGAGGAGGGGAGGAAGAGAAGUUGGACACCAGUUGGUUGGUCCAAUCAGAGCAGUCUCUGGGUGAUCAUGUGACUGGGGGUGUGGUUCUGGAGUGGUCUCAGGUGCAGAAGAGGCUCAGGGAGCUGCAGGAACAGAGUCCUGUUGCGAUGAGAACGGAUCAGGAGAAGCUCUUGGCUCAGCUUGAACAAGAGUUGGGGCAGAGCAGAGAGUUGGUCCGAGUUCAGCAGCAGCUACUGCAGGACAGUGUGAACUCUCCUCUUCCAGACCCUCUGCUCGACUCCUAUUACCUGGAGGAGUGGGAGCGGCUUCAGGACCGCUGGGUGGAGCUUAAGCGCCAGAGGCGGAGCUUCCAGCAAGAGAGGCAGGCUUUCACAGACGCUGCCAUUCGAUUGGGUCAUGAGAGAUGCUUGUUUGAGCAGCAGAAAGCUGCAGUCCUGAAGCAGCAUUUCCUCGAUUCGUCUCCAAUAACAAAGACCAGCCGUUCCAACAGGAGAGAGAGUACAGCACUCGGAGACCUGCGCGUGAUGGCUCCGGACUCUCUGUGUCUUUCCCCCUGUGCUCCAAUCACUCCCUCGUCUGAGGGGUCUGAGGGAACGCCCUGGUCAGAUCAGAAGGUGGUGAUGACCCCCAGCACCCCAGAGCUAUACUCUGCUCUCCAGCUGCCCUACUACUGCAGGAGCGCUGUGGACAGUCCUCUCUCUGUGAACCUUAAGAAGAAUCCACAGCAACAUGUUUUCAGCCCUAAACGCAUAAACAUGGACGACUGGCCCUUUUAGCUCCAAUUAAAACACCAGCUGUCUCCGCCAGUUUCUGUGUUUUCAGCGUUUAAACAUCAAACCUUAGGUACUCAGGAAAGUGAGGAACUCUUAGGACUGGAUUAGUUACUGGAAUAGGAGUGUUUGGAGCAGAGCAAUCACUACAGUGUGCGGAACAGGGGUUCCUCCUGGACCAGGGUGGAGAACCGCUGUUCCAACAGGAUAUAAGAGCAGGUAGAGGUUGUGGGAUGUUUGUUUCGAUUUAAAAACUGCAGAUUUCAUUAGAAAGUGUAAAAAAGGCUGUGUGUGAUUUGAAUGAUUUUAAUAUAACGUAUGUAUUUAAUAAAUAAAUAAAAAUGUUAAAACACUAAAAACAA